AUGUCGCACCAAAACCAGCUUAUUCCACAAGCUUAUAUUUCUAACUUUCAUAACAGAUUGACAAACGAAGAUGAUGGUAUCCCCAUCUUUACAAUGGCUCAACAAACAAGGCAGCAUAAAAGGGCUAAAGUGGUCAACUAUGCGGAAUAUGACAACGAUCUCUUUGAUGAAUUCAAUAUGAACGGUUCUAAUUUCAACAAUGCUGAUACACACUAUAAAGAUAAUGCAGUGUCUCAUGAAAAUACUCCGGCACUUACAAAUGGUGUUACCAUGGACGGUUCCGAAUACAAUGUCCUAGAGAACAUGAAUGGAGCUGAUAGUAUUAUCUCUAACAACAAAUACGAUGCGGGUUCAAACAUGGUUGUGGAAUCUUUAUCCGGUUUGAAUAGCAAUAACAACGCCAGCAAUGGUCCGAGCAACAAAGCGCAGGCACAGGAUAUUGGAAACGCCGUUCUACCGGAUCUGCAAGACCAACACCACAACCCCUUCAACAUAUUGAGAUACCCUAAAAUAAGAGAUACUUUCAUUAACGGAAAAGUGGUGUCUCCAUAUAGACUCAACACUGAUCAAGAAACGAAGGCAAACGCCAAUUCUGGAGAGGCAAUCAUGAUACCAAUUACUUUGGAUAUAGAACAUAUGGGUCAUACCAUAAAAGACCAGUUUCUCUGGAACUACAAUGACGACUCCAUAUCUCCGGAGGAAUUUGCCUCUAUAUACUGUAAAGAUCUUGAUAUGACUUCCGCUACCUUACAAACUCAAAUUGCGAAUAUAAUAAAAGAGCAGUUGAAAGACCUCGAAAAUAUUGCAGCCACUGAGAUAAUGUCUGACCUCCACGUGAUAAUCAACCUAACCUGCAACUUACAAGACAGAUUUUUUGAAGAUAACUUCCAGUGGAACUUGAACGACAAAUCACUUACUCCAGAAAGAUUUGCUACAUCCAUUGUACAGGACCUUGGCUUAACAAGAGAGUUCAUCCCCUUAAUAUCUCAAUCGCUUCAUGAAACUAUCUUGAAGAUAAAGAAGGACUGGGUAGAUGGCCACUUGAUUCAGGACCAUGUCCCAAACGAUGCCGCAUUUGGGUACUUAUCUGGUAUAAGGCUGGAUAUUGAUGAACUGGGCUCCAAUUGGUGCCCAAGGGUGGAAAUAUUAACAAAAGAAGAAAUACAAAAGAGAGAAAUUGAAAAAGAAAGAAACUUAAGAAGAUUGAAAAGAGAAACUGAUAGAUUAUCUAGAAGGGGCAGGAGAAGAUUAGAUGACUUAGAAACCACAAUGAGAAUGUAG